AUGCUCCCCUUCUACGGCACAGGCUGGGCCGCGCGCCCAGGCAACAACAACGCAUACGGCCAAAACACCACGGCACCCUACUACAACAACCAACACAACCCCGCGCCGCCUUACUCCGCCGCGACCAACAACAACAACGGAGGUUACUACGGCGGCGGAGGCGCAAACCAGGGCUACUACGGUCAGCAAAACGGCGUCGAGCUGCAGAGUCCGCAGCCAACAUACGGAGGCGGGUAUGCGCCGCCACCGGGCCCGCCGCCGACAAAGGGUUAA